AGAAAAUUUGGCAAUAAAUUUCAUUAAUUAGAAGAAGAAAGCAAUAGAAAUCAAUAAAAAGAAUUGGUAAUCAGUUGUCGUUAUAUUGUUUACUAUGAUUAGAUUUAAUGAAGAGAAUUGUACAAUUAUCAUUGAGUUAUUCAUUCUUUCGUUCAUUCAUGAAUUGUAAUACAUGCUCUGAUGUAUCUUCAGAUACGGGGUCUGUACAGUCACCAUUUACACCUGUACAGCAAACGACCCAAUCAACAUCAAUUCAUUUAACUAAUUCAAAUACAAUCGAUUCCAUUUAUUCAAGUGGUAAUCCUAAUAAUAAAUUUAAUGCAGCUAUGUUAUCAUCGAUAAUGACAUCAUCAUCGUCAUCAACAACUACAACACCGAUACCAGUAACAUCACAACAAAGCAAUCUUGAUUCAUCAUCAAUAAAUAAUAGUUUAUUGAAUUCUAUAGAACGUGAUCGUAAACAACGUGAAUUUAUACCGGAUUCUAAAAAAGACGAUAAAUAUUGGGAACGUCGGCGUAAAAAUAAUGAAGCAGCUAAACGAUCUCGUGAAAAACGUCGACAAAAUGAUAUUCUCAUGGAAUGUCGUAUUAAUCAAUUACAAAUACAAAAUCAUAAAUUACAUCAUGAAUUAAUCGAGUUGAAAUUACGUUUUAAUGUACCAUUAAAUGAUGAAGAUAAAAAAUUUAUGGAGAAUCAAUCAUCAACGUUAGAUGAUACACAAAAUGAUGUAUAUAAUGAACACCAUGAUCAUCAUCAUAAUAAUAGUGAUGGAGAAUUGAAAUUAUCCGAAAUGGAUUGUUGUAUGAUGUCAACAACAAAGUCAAGAAAUGAUUCAUUGUCGAUGGAUGAUUCACAAAAUGAAAUGUUAUUAAAAAGUGAUCAAUUAUCAUCAGUAUCACCAACACCACCGCCAUUAUUGCCACAGUCGCCUACAACAACAACGAUGUUGAUGACAAUGACGACAGCAACAGCGACAACAUCUUGUACAUCAGCGACUGUUUUGCCAGUGUCAACGUCUUUAAUUGAUCCAUUAAUGAAUUCUAUGGUAAUGACAACGACAUCCUCGUCAUCAUCAUCACCUUUGUUGUUACAAUCAUUAAAUCGGAUGAAUUGUGAACAACAAAUGAAUAUUGAGUUGACAGCAACAAACACGACAUCUACAACAUCAAUUCUAUCUACUAAUCAUAAUCAUACAGUCUCGAAUAAUUUUUUAUUCCCUCAAUUAAAUUCAUUAGAUAACACUGAUUUAUUAACAUUGAAACGUAUAUUCUCUAGUUUAGGUGUUGGAUGUUUAUCAACACCAUCAACUACUUCAUCAGUGGCAACGAAUCACCCGUCAUCAACAUCAUCAUCAGCUUCUCCGCUAAUUGCGGCAGCGGCGGCCGCGGCAGCUGUCGCCGCAGCUGCUACAAAUGGCGGUUGUACAAUGCCUUUAUCACCUAUUCCCGGAAACAAUAACAAUGGUGUAUGUACAACUUCGACAACAGCACCAUUUAAUAAUCUGUCAUCAUUGAAUACGACAGCUGCAUUAUUACUUCGACAAGCUGGUUUAAUGCCAGCAUCUACUACUCCUCCGCCGCCACUGCCUCUACAAUCUACUCUUCCAAUACCUCAACAUCCUCAAACAACUAGUUGUGGGUUGCACGACAAUAUUUCAGUUAUAAAAAAUAAUAAAAAUGAUAAAUUGUCAUUUUCAUCCUCAGUCAUACCACUGACAGCGGGUCCCGCUGCUAAUGUUGGUGGCGGUGGAAACGGCGGUGGUCGCUGUUCAUCAGUACACUCAGUAAAAUCAGAUCUAUCUAAUAAUUCAAAUGAUUAUUUCGAAUCUCCAUUAGAUCUUAGUUUAUGUUUACAAAUUAAAUCUGAAAGCCACAAUUCUGAACAUUUUCUAAGUGAUUCAAACUCAGGUACAUCAACCCUGGAUAAACGUUAUCAAGAUCGUCGACGUCGUAAUAAUGAAGCAGUACGUCGUUGUCGUGAAAAUAAACGUGCACGUCUACUUGGACGUACAGAAACUACAGAGAAAUUACAAAGUGAAAAUCGUUGCCUACGUAAUGAAUUAAGUGGUUUAAGUAUGGAAGUUAAAGCAUUACGUAAAUUGCUUACAGUCGGUGGACAACAACAGGAUCAGCAAGAAAAUACUACCACCUUUACUACUAAAAACAAUAAUUGUAUGAGUCGUAAUGCUAGCAGUAAUGGUAUGGAUUAUUCUGAUGACAAUAAUGAAAUAAAGUUGUUUGAAGAAACAACAGCAACACUGAAACAUGAUCAGAAAGAAGUUCCAUUAUCACUAACGUCAUCGUUAUCACUACGACGGCGACCACCACCACCACCGAUAUCUAUGCCAUCUUCAGAUGGAGAUAAUGAAAAAGAAGUUGAGAAUACUGUGAUUGUUGAUCAUGAAACGGAAAUGAUUGAAACUAUGAAUGAUAAUAAUAUUGACAACACUGACGAUGAUAUUGAAAUGCCAACUUUAACCACCAUGAAUGUGGAUAAUUAUUCCUUGGAUGAUGAUGAUGAUGAUGAUGACGACGAUAAUUCAUUGAGGUCUCAAACACAUACUGAUCAUCGUAAGAAAUUAUCAUCCAAUAUCACCAUGGAAACAUCCUCAUCAAAUGGUCGAAUCAAUAAAAAUGUACGGGUUUUAUUGCCAAAUGAACAUUCCCAACAUAUUGAUAACUUAUUACAGGAAAAGCUAAUUCAUAUUGCACAGAUGGAUACAAAAGACAAUACAAAUGAUACUGCCACUACUACUACUACUACUAUUACUAAUACUACUAAUAACGAAAAUAUCAGUUCCUCUGACAGUAAUAAAAUUAUGGAUUGUACUAAAAGCGAUAAUGGUAGUCGAUGUGGCGUUGAUGUCGGUGGUAAUAGUAUUAGUAUCGCUGUUACAAAUACUGAUGGAACCCAAUCGACUGAAUCAUUAAGUCAUGUAAAUAAAAAUGUAAAUGAUAAACCGACAACUAUCAUCUUACGUGGACGUCGACGUACAUUGAAGACACCAAUACAUAAUAAAAACGCUAAAACUAACAUAAAUCAUAUCAAUCAUCAUCAUGAUCAAAAUACUACUGAUACUAUUGAUAAUAUGAUUACUUCUAGUAUUACUCAAACUACUGAUCUGAAUGAUGCAUCAAAUACAUCCAAUAUAAUAUCCGCUCAUAAACAACAUACACCUCCUUCCUGUAAUACUGCUACUAACAUCAUAUCAAGUAGUAUAUUAUCGAAAAGUGAAAAUUCUUACAUUCUACCCGAUAAAUCAACUUAUUUUCAACUAACUAAUGAAUAUUCCACAAGAAAUUCAGGGAAAGAAGAUAGUAUUUUAACUUAGCAUUUAUUUAUGUUUGUUUUUUUGAAAAAAAUUUAAUUUGUGUUGUUUAUAAUUAUGAAUUAUAUACACCCCAUCCCAUUCCACCCCGUCCUCUGGCCUUUUCUUCUUCUCGUCUCUUUUGUCCUAUCUUUUUUUUGUGGUUUUGGCGAUUUCCGACUAAAUUCAUCAUCAUUACCUUAUUUUUGUGAUCAAAAGAGAACACAUAACUCAUGUUUAUUACACUGAUUUCAAAGUUAGUAAUCAUGUUGGCGCCGAUGUCUUCUGACCAUUAUUUUUCCGAUUGAUCAUGUACAUAUAUUCCUGGAAUUUAUGCAAUCAUGAUUCAAUUUUUACCUGUUUUCUUUAUUCCAUGGAUUGAUUUCUUCCACAGUUUAUUCCUCCUUCAUUGUCUUCCUACUUUUAAUUUUCCUUUCUUCGAUUUAAAUCUUAGAACUCCAAUUGAAUCUACUUAUUGUGAAGUAAACAUUGAAAAUGCAUACAUUUUCAAAAGGUGUUCUUAUUGCUUAAUUGCUACAUUGGUCAGUUAAUUUACUAUUUCAUAUGAGAUCAGAUAACGCAUAACAUCAUAGUCUUUGAAGAUGACAAUAUAAUCGAUAUCAUGUUGAUUGACAAAUAAUAACCUCUUGAUACUCUCUCUCUCUCUCUUCAUUUCUCUUAACUAUACAGACAACAUGACUACUCUCGUUAAUCCCUACUGAUUGACUAUUCAUAACCAACAAAGGUAGCAGUACCACUACUAAUAAUAAUAGCAAUAAUAAUAAUAAUAAUGAUAAUAGUUUUCCAAAUCGAUCUUCUUCUAUUUGUAUCCCAAUUAUUUAUAAUAUGUAUUUUUGUUUAUUCGUUUGUUCGUUUUUUGUAUCAUGUUGUUUGUUUGUUUAUUGUUACGAGAGAAGGCGGUUUUUUUUAGAAAAGUAUUUUAAUAAAUAGACAAUUUACAACAUUGUCCCCGUUUAUCUCAUCCUCCAUUCUCCAUUUCUGUGUAUUUUUUCCCGUCCAAAAGAUAACACACUUUCCAUGACAUGUAGGAUGAUGAUGAUACAUUAUCAUCACUGUUGGCUGGUUCAAUCUUUACCUAUUGAACAUUGAGUUUUGUUGUUCACAUUUUGAUUGGUUUUUGUUUUUUACGAAAAACACUUGACUAUACAUAUAUAUAUAUAUUCCAAUGAUUCAUAUUAAUGAGUUGUUUUUCUAUGAUUUGAUACUGUGCUCUUCACUUUAUCAUGUAGAUUAUUAACUUUUAACUUACCUCAGCGGCGAUGAUGGUUGUUUCCUGCCCGUUUUUUGUAUCCUAUACAGUACUGAUGUAAAUAAUAAUAAUAUUAUUACUAGUCUCUGUUUUUUUCCGUUGUUUUUUUACCUGUUAUUUUUCUAAAAAGUGAUUAUCUUUGUACUCCAUCACGCAUUCCUCUACUCGUUAUAUUACACUGGCAUGUGUAUGUGUGUGUGUGCGCGCAAAUUCUUCUUACCUGUUGAAUUCUUUCAUUAUUAUCCCUUUUUCUUCAAAAAAAAACAUACGAACAAUUUUCUUGUUUCCUUCAAGAGUUAAGUUUUUUUUGUUUGAUAGAGAUGAGGCGUGAAUUUAAACCGAAGUUCAAUGGAAUUACGAUCUAAAACAACAAAUAUUCUUCAUCAUCGAAAGUCAGCCAUCAGCAUUUUCUUUAUUUCUACUAUGUACCAUGUUGUUUUUCUUUCAAAUCUUAUGAAGAAUGUCUUUGGACUUAACAUGAUAAUUAUUGGUCUAUUCCUCCCCAUCCACAACACAUUUUUUAGUGAGAAAUGAAGAUAGCAAUAAUAUUGAUAAAUAAGCGCCAAAUACGUUACGUUUCUUCUUAUCUUUUUGUGUUUAUGAGAAUACCUUGCUAAUAUUCUGUAUUUUUGUGUGUUUAGAGUGUAAAAAUGUAAAAUAAACGUGUAUGUCUGUAAAGUAUAUGUAGAUGAAUAUCUAGGUGUACUGAAACUUAUUGUGUAAUGACUACCCCACACGCACACACAUACACAUUGGUGACUAUGUAAGAAUAAUCCUAUCGUUAAUAUUAUUACCAUUAUUAUUAUUAUUAUUAGUGUAUACCUACAAAAGGAACAAUUUUAUUGUUGAUAGUAAUCAUCAUUGUGUAAUAAUUUUUUUCUAAUUUUAAAGAGAAAAACAAACAUUACAUUCCUAUUAUAUGAUUCCUUUUUCUCUCUGUCUGUACGUGUAUGUAUGUAUAUAUAUAUAUGUGUGAGGUUCUUCUCCUUAUUUAUCAACAUUACUACUAUUCCACUCAUUGCACAUCAACCUGUGUGUGAUGAAUUUACUGCUCAGACGAUAACAACGAUAAUUAACAACUGGGAGAACUUAAAAGUUACGUAAGAAACUAAACAGAAUGAUAAAUGUAUUCCACAAACUAUUGUGAAUUGAUUUUUGUAUUUUAUAUAUUAUUCAUUACACAAUCUUCUAUAUAUAGUAUCAAUCUUAAAUGUAAUAUUGUAUGACAUUACUAUUACGAUGAUUAUUACUAUUAUUAUUGUAUACUUUUAUGAAUACUGUUACCGAAUUACAAGUUGUUAACUAUUGUAUUGUUUCUGUCACUUAUUAUAGAGAAGAAUUGUAAAAGUGAAACAAUCAGUGCAUUUUUUUCACCGGUGUCUUAUUACUAUUAUUAUUAUCAUUAUUAUUACUAUUAAUAUUGUCUAUAUGUUCGUGACAUUGAUGGUGUGGAUUAUGCUGAUGACGAAGAAGAAGAAGAAGAAGAAUAAGAAAAGAACAAUAAUUCUGAUAAAUUAACCUGGCAGUUUCUAUUCUGGUCUAAUCUUCUUGUUAUUCAGCCAUUCAAUUUCUUUUUUUCUUUCUAAUCUCUUUCUAAGUAUGUUCAUUGUGCUCAAUGACAAUAAAUAACGAGGGUUUUUUUUAAUGUUCGUAUCAUUCCUGUUUUAUUACUCUUAUUAUUGUUAUUAUUACUAUUGAAUAAUAAAGUUUUUUUCUUUCGUUUUUAUAACUUUGCUUCGUGUUUUCUUUUCGUUGUUGUACAUUUCAAUUUGUUGAUAGUUGACAAAAAAUAGGGUAUAAGUGAACUUAAGUUACUACUUAUUAUUAUGACUAUUAUAUUGACUAAAGCAUUAGAUAUUCAAACAUUAAUUUUCUGGUUUGAAUCCCUCGGUUCGCUUAUAUAUCGUCUUGUAUAGUUGAAAUGAGCGGAA